CAAAAAAGGAAAGUUGCUCCGAUACUCGCCCUGUAAAACCUAGAAAACUCCCAAGACUGUUUCCCCUUCCAGGUCAAUAUACUGUACACAUGAGUUGAGAUAACACUUGAGGUGCACCAGGCUUCAACUUGAAGGCACUGACCAUGGCUUCAAAACAGGACAGUUCACGGUCAGAGUCCCCAGCAGAGAUUGACUUCUCUGUAAUACGGACGGCGAUUCAAAUGAACCGUUCAAUGCUUGAACAAAUCUUACAUGGCGUUCAUUAUGGAUCUGAGGAGACUCGCACUCUGCUACAUGAUGAGUGUGACUUCAUACUGGAGUGUCGUGUUUGCCGUAAUAUGUUCCGCAGUCUUCCAAACUUUGUCGCCCACAAGCGAGUGUACUGUACAGACUCACAUGAGGACAAGCGGCAGGGGGAAUGGAUGGCUGGUCGAUCAAACAUGGAGACGGUCAUUGUACAGCCAGAGGAUCCUGGGACCAGCCAUACGAGAUCUUCUCCCUCUGGUCAGCAUGCGAGCAGCUCUGUCGUUGAGAGAGUGGUUGGUAACAUGUUUGAUGGCAAGUCUUCUGCUUACGAGAUGUAUACACGAGCAGCUGAAGAUUUGGAAAGACAGCGAGUCACCAAAGUCACCAAUACUGUGACCUUGACCUCUAUUCCUACCAAUCGCAAUGCUGUAAUGGUGGAAAAUAGCCAGGGAGAUAAUGCUGAAGAGAUUUUGAGGGCUUAUAGAGAGAAAAAGCAGCGAGAGAGGACUAAACAGAUGGAAAUAAUUAAGGCUCGUAGAGAAAAGAAAUCAAUUGUUAAUCUUUGUGCUUCUCUUGCGAAACAGAAAUGCAAUGAGCCGGCAGCUGGUUUGCUAGUCAGACCCAUAUCAAAAGGGAUAUUGACUAGACCUCGAAAGUCAUCUCCUAGAAAAUCUGUUGAAUACCUGACAGAGUCUGAAGUGAAGAAACUUGAAGACAAAAAUAAAACAAAGUUGAAGCCAAUAUCCCACAGAAAUGAAAACGGGGCAACUGAAUUAGCCGCUACAAAUGCAGAUGAUAAGCAUUCUAAUAAAAGCAAGACUGUAGAGAAGAGUCCUGAGAAGAUGGAGACUGAUCAAGACUCUGUAGAAAAAACAAAUGACCAACAGUCAACACGACUUUUCUCUUAUUCCACCGGUGUGAAAAAAUGUGAUAAAUGCGAUCGAGUGUUCUGGAAAGCUAAAACCUAUUCUAGACAUUAUAGCUCAUGUAAAAAAAGUAUUGCCAAGAAGGAUGAUAAAGAUAAACUAUCAGGUGCUAGUUCACAGUCAAGCAGCUCAAGAUCGAGUUCAGAAAACUCUGAAAUUAGUAACAAAACACCCUCACCAAAGAAGAGCCCGAAGAAAGGAAGUGAUGUCACAACUCCAACACCAGAAUUGAUCGUAGUAGGACCUAAAGGAAAGAUCAUAAUGCGCAGUCGGAAUACAGAAUUGUUAAAACUUCAAGAGAAGCUCAGAGCUAAAGCAAUCUGGACAAGUGAUUCACAAGGUGACAAGACAGAUACGGCUGUGGUAGAACAGGGGAAUAGUAAAGACAAAGAACCACAAAAGGCAUCAACUGAAAAAAAUAAAAAACUCCUAGAAGGGCUUACAAAACCUUUAGUCAAAGAAGUACAAGACAAGGAAGCCUCACCUAUCAAGAACAGUGAAAGACCUUCAAGAUUAAGACAAGAUGAUGAUGAUAAUGAUGAUGAUGAUGAUGGUGAUGAGAAAGUCUCUGACAAUGAAGCUAUGGAAUAUUUAGAUACUAAUGAUGGAAAUUGUGGUAGUAAGAAUAUCAAUGAAAUCAGAAAACUUAGGGAGAGAUUAAGCAGAGAAGCAGGCUUAAAGGACGGAAAAGAUAUGCAUAAGGAUGAAUCAGAUCUAAAGACACCAAUAAUGGCAAGUACAGGUGUUCAUAAUGUAGGACUGAAGAGGCAGAGCCUUGAAAUACUGGAACUUGAAACUAAGUUGACAAGAGAGGCUCUAGGUAAAGAUACCAAUGACAAUAGUAAGAAAUUUCUCAGAAGUGGUGAAAAACAGGAAAGGGCAAAAUCUGUUGAAAAAGUAACAAAUAUUGGUCAUAAUGCAAGAAAGAGGAACAUUAGCCAAAGUGAGUCUGGUUCAAAUAUUAGAACCACAGAAGUUGGUGUUAAGCGACAUUUUAGGUCAAUAAGCGCAGGAGAGAGAACUCCUGAAAAGCUUCUGAUAGAAUCUGAAGUUCUUGAAAUGUCACCUGUGAGCCAUAGAAGGUCUCUUCCCUCUUCCCCUACACCUUCCCUUCAGUCAAACUCUGGAGAUGGCUAUAACAGGAAGUUUAAGAUGACUGUUAAAGAGAUGGCUGAACUGGUUGAGUCAGCCAGUCUGACCAAGUUUGCUAAGGACAGGAAAAAGCGAGCUAAGAAUUUCCUCACUAAGAAACAAAGUAAAGAUGCAUUAUCUGUUUCAACUUUAUCCAAACCAAUGAGAAGAAAAGCAAAGCCAAGUGUAACUAAGACUGAUAGGCCUGGCAGUGACUAUGAAGCUGGACAAUCUGAAGGUUCUGUUGAUACAAGCUAUAGUGAAAGUACUGAAGAAAGGUCCAAACAGCCAGCAAAACGCCUUUCCUUAGAACAGAAGAGGUUGCAAAACUCAGCAGGCUUUGUUGAAGAGAAGUAUUACAAAUCUGGUUCAGGAAAGCAUGAAAGUCUGACAGAAAAACUUAAUAGAGAGACUGAAGAGAGAAAAAGGCUCUCAAAGGAGCUAAAAAGGCUAGAAAAUUCUGCUGGGUAUGUUGAUAAGAAUGUUGAAGCAAUGCAAGCACACAAUUUUGAUGCUUCACAACCUAGAGAUUCAGAAGUUAAGUCAGAACUAGUAGGUGAUAGUGGUAAAGCAAAGCAGAUGGCUGACCAUGGAAGCUCUUCAAGGGAAUCCUCUCAUGAGAGACCUAAAUCAAAACUUUCCAGAGAAAUGAAAAAGCUGGAAAACUCUGCUGGCUUUGUGGAGGACAAUUUCUACAUUUCCUCACGAGAAUCCUCCAGGGACAGACAAAGUGACUACUCCAUUGACAAAACAAACAUGAACAAGGAACCUUUGCCAACUUCACGGGAUGCAUCGGUAGAUCGACACAGAAUUACUGACAGGUGUGUAGAAAGUCCAAAAUAUCCUAAGGAACUAAAGCUUCUUCAGAAUUCCGAAGGUUUUGUAGACAAAAAUGUGUAUGCCUUUCCUGUUUAUGGGGAUGAUCAAGGGGUAAUUUCUAGUGACUGUGAUGCAGAUGGUGGUAGAAAGUCGAGGGAAAAGGUACGGUCAGUGUUUGUACCAAGCAAGGAGGGAAGAUUUUCAUGUGUUCGCAGUAGCUCUGGAUCUUCCUGCGAAUCAAGGGAUCAAAAACAAGGAGAAAGUAGAAAGCUAGCGUCAGGUGUAAGAAGUUCAAUUGACAAGCCUAAAAUUGCCAGACCAUUUAUACAAAGUAACAAAGGAGACAGUCCUGUUAGAAACACGUUUGAAAUAAAAAAUAGUAAAUCAGGGAAAAUCAUCUCAGAGAGUUCAAUCAUCUCAGAGAGUUCUGUAGAUGAUAAAAAUAACUCUAAGGAUGAAAAACAUGCAGGGGAGACCGAUGUGAAAGAAAUAGAGAUUGAAAAUGAAAUUAACGAACUCAGAGAUAAAAAUGAAGAUAAGACACUAGAAAACAGACACAGGACAAGAUUGUCAACAGGAAGUAUCUUUUUUGACUCUGAACUGUUGAAAUUAAGUCCGUCAAAAUUAGAAAAGAGAUCUGUAUGGGAAGUGACAAAGAAAAGUAAGCAAGAUAAACAGAAAAAGGAGGAGACAUCGACAGUUUGUAAGAAGUUAAAUCUGUCGCCUAGAAAGAAACCAGAAAUGGUGAAAUGUAAACAAGCACCAGCAAGUUUUGGAUUUUAUCCAUUGUCUACUGGUUUAAAGCAGUGUCCAAAAUGUCAUGAAAGAUUUUGGAAGAAAAAAAGUUAUGACCGUCACAUAAAAACCAAAUGUUACACAGCAAAACAGGCUAUGUCUGGAAAGAAAAGAACAUUAUCCCUAUCACCUAAAGAGACUCUAGGUUCUGUUGAUAGUCGAAAGGCAGGGAAUAAUUCUGAAAAUGUGUCUAAAAAGAGAGCAAGGAUUGAUUUAAGUAUGGUAACUACUGCUGCAAUAAAUGAGAACAAUGAUUCAGUGAAUGAAAAUAUGAAAUCAGAGGGGAAUGAAAUGAAAUCAAAUAAAUCAAAUGUGACUGAAAAUGCAAAAAAGAAAUCCGAUAAGACAAUUCAUUAUGAGGAAAAGGAACCUUCAUCACCAGACUCUCCAAUAUUUACAAGGGCAAUAGAAAAGUCAGUUUCAGGUAUUGAAUUAUCGCCUAUAUUUCAGAAAAAAGCAAACAAAACAACAGAAAGAUUUCAGGGUACAGAAAGAGCCAAAUCAGGGCCUGGUGAAUCCACGGAUGUCAAGGUGAGGAAUGAUAAACAUGAUACAAAGCAUACCACAAAACAUUGUACUAUGGCAGCUGUAGAAGUAGAAGUCACAUGUUCAGACAAGCCAGACUCUGAUCUUGCUGGGGAGAAGUCGGUACGCAUGGACGUGAUGGUCGUAGAGGAAGAACCAAGACCUGGCCCAUCAUCACUCAGACAUGUGGAGGACCUGGCCAGUAUUGCUGGAACAUUAUCUCAAUCUAGCGAAGAUGAUGAUAGCGAGGUCGGUAGUGACUUUAGUGGAUUUUCCGAGGAUGAUCUACGUGUAACAGAGGCGGAGCUAACCUCACAUCUUGAGGCGCAGGGGCAGCGUGAUGAGGGAGAUAACUCUCACAUAGUUGACCUUGAGGGAGACUUGAGUGAUCUUGGUGUCAUUGACAUAUCCAGUGACCUUAAUCAUUCAGAUGAGGAGACAGAGGUCAAAGUUAAACCUGCAGCCAAUCAGAAGCCAGAAGAAAGGUCAGGUCGACCAGUCAGAAAGAGUGCUAAGGAGAGGUUUUCCCACUUCGAGGAGAUCUGGGUGUACAAGAAAGCAGGUCAAAGUACUGAGCAUGUGUACACGGGACAGCCCCCAGAGCCUGCACGAGCUGGUAAUUCCCCUAGUUUCCGGCGGGAAUAUGUGCGCGACUCUGAAAACCCCACUCGCCUGGUGUGCCACAGUUUUGUUGAGAUUGAGAAACUUGUGGAUGAAACGAGCAUGAAAUGUAAACAGUGUGACUGUCCAUGUACAAACUUGACAAAUCUGCGGCGGCACAUUAUUUCACACCUUGGCUGGAAGAGGUACAAAUGUAAACAGUGCUCCUUUACUUGUUAUGAUAAAUCAAGAAUCGCACGGCACACCGAAAAUGUUCAUGAGGAAGCCCUAACAGGGAGGAAUUUUAAUAAACUUGUAGUGGAUUUGAAACUAGCCGGAAAUAAAAUCAGGUCAAGAAAGCGGACCAAGUCGUUAAGGAAUACGAAAAAGCGUACAGAGAGUGGGACAGAUAUUUAUCAGAAACCCAAACCAGUGUUGAAUGUUAAAGGUUCAAGCUUCAAGUCACCAACUCAAAAGAAGACCCAAAAGUCUGUAGUAUGUGCUAAGGAAAAGAUUGAUUCUGAUGACAAGAAAUCAACUAUGGGUGUUGACACUGAAUUGGUUUCUAGGGAAAGAAACACGGACCCUCUAACUAAAGCAAGAAUGAAUUUAACUAAAGCUUUAAAAGUAGACUGAUGUUAUUGUAAGUAAUGUUUAUUGUGCAAUGUCUUACACAUGUAUACAUGUGCUAAAGUGAAAAGAUAUGCAGUGUGUAAUGGAAGUAGCCAUGGAAUUUAAUAUGUGUCUCGCCUUUUUCUAGGCCUUCACCAAGUCAGAUAUUCAGACUCAUUCCCACAGCCAAAUUUGUUAAAAUCCAGCUGAUUUCCCUGUAACCAAUUUCUACAAGUUACUCUUGGAGUUUCAGUCCAAAUUCAAAGAUUUAAGCAAUAAAAAUACCCAAUUUUUAGGGUAAUAUAACUUCCUCAAAUGCCUAGAUAAAUGCCUGCAUGGUUUUGUUAUCAGACAAACAGUGAAAUAGUCCUGCAUCAUGUUGUACAUUUUGUAAAAAACACAUUAAAAAGUCAAGAUUCAGAGACAUUUCCUUCACAUAAAUCAUUAUUUAAGUAUUCUUUUUAUUUUUAUCUUUUUUCAUUUUGCUAACAGAAUGAAUGAAAUUGCUUGUAUGAUUUCUUUAUUAUUUCCUUUUAUUACAUGAGGUUGACAUCAUUUUGCCGUACUGAUUUAGGGUCAAACCUUGUAUUGAAAAUAUAAAAAACAAAAUCAAUUUUGACAACAAAUGUGUCCCACAAUAAAAAAGAAUCUUGCUUUCUUUCGACUAUGCCACAUUAUAGAUGAAAAAAACUUUUUCUGAACUUCUUUCAUAAAUGUAUGUGUCAUAUGGCAACUCAUGUACAAUCUUAUAGAAACAAUAUUAUGCUACAUGUAUUGUGCUUUACCUUGCUGUGCUAGUAGUAGUAAUUACCUAGGUUUUCAGUAGCAGUAACCAGCAACUUUUAGUCAUGUCGCUCCGUAAUCUUCAUUUAAUUCCAUGUAUUAACCUGAUUACAACAUAAUACAGUAGCUUUCAAUGAAUUAUUUUGACUGUUUAUGUAUAGAUUUUCAUUAACGAUGAUUUUCAUUAAGAAUUGUUAUAUGACCCAACAAAAUAUUGCUGUGGUUCUGGCUACCUGGACCGACCCUAUUGAUAAGUAAUGACUUUUUGUUUUUUUAACUAUAACAUUGUGUUGCUACCAUUUGUACAAGAUACAGUUGAGAUGUAUUGUGUUACUUUCUUGGCAACAUUAAUACCAGAACGUGCAUUUAUGUAAGGCCUAAAAAAAAAAAUUGUUUGGUUAGGGUUACAUCCUUUUCAAAAAUUUUUUUUUUUUUUUUUUUUUAUAAGGCUUUAUAUAAGAAUGUCAUUUUCAUCAUUGGAGAAUGGUGUUCAAGUUAUCUUCUAUAUAAGCAAUUAAGGUUUUAAACUACAUAUUGAAAAGCAAAAAAAAAAAAGAAUUUUUUUUUUUUUUUUUUUUUAGUUUUACAUUUUUUUUUUCAAACUGACUAUAAAAACGUUAGGGUCGGCGCCUAUUCCGUAGGUAGGGUCGGGUAACCCGAACCAAAUGUAUUUUUUUUUAGGCCUAAGCAAUAUAUCUAUAUCCAUACUAACUUUGUGUAAAAUAUGAUAAUUUUCCAAAAUGAAAUGUUUUCGCUACCUUCUUAUCCUAUUUUUCGUCAGCCUGCAACAGAAAAGUAUUCAUUGAGCCUUCUUAUAGAAUAUAGAAAAGGAACUAUUGAUUAUAUGCUGUCCAGUGGUUUAUAGAGAUUUAUGAGUGAAAUAAAAUUGACAACUAACUGUUUCAAACAAUGAAAGUAUCAAUUUGAUAAUUUUCACUGUUUUGAAAUUUAAGCCAGCUCUUGGUUCCAAAUCAAACUUGAGAGUGCAUAGGGCUUGGACACCAUUUCACCAACAUCAUGUCCGAAAUGACAUUGGGCAUACAAAUUGGCGCAUUUUUUCUAAAAAAAGUGUAAUUAAAUAACUUGACUUCCAAUUUAAGGCACAUAAUAAAAAGAGAAAUUGUUUGUUUCAGUGUAAGAUAGCAAUAUAUUUCGCCUCAUGAACACCAAAAGUGAAUACUCAACUCAUUGCUACUCCACUCAUAAAUAAAUAUUUUGUUGCUCACUCUGUGAAAUAUAUUACCACCUUGCCCUGAAACAAACAAUUAUCAAGAAAUGUGUACAUGUAUUGUCAUAUAACUUCCAGUGUCAUUCACAGUGGCUUGAUGACAAAGGCUCAUUAAAGUCACAAUAAAUAAUUUCAAUUACUGGUAGCCAAAAUUAUAUUUUAUACAUACUUGAACAUACAAUGUAUUAUAUUGAUGAUAUACAUGUUCAAGUAUGUAUAAGAUAUAAUUAUGGCUAGUUGAAAUUAUUUUUUGUGACUUGAAUGAGCCUUUGUCAUCAAGACACUGUGGUGUCAUUGUCAUCUGUCUGCAACAUUAUCAACAAAUAAAUGUACAGUGCAUACAAACUCAACAUUACGUCCUUGAAUGGCAACAAUAUGAGUUAAACUCAAGGGCCAAACUCCAAACUCAAGACUUCAUUGUGAAAUUGCGCUGAUGGUAAAAUUUUUGAAAGAUUUUUACACAUCUUUUCACGACUUUUGUCAAAAUGAACAAUAAUAAAGAUAUUAUGGAAUAUUUGAUUAUUUGCAAUCCUCAGACUAAAGCAUUAGUGAAUAUGGGCCCCAUAUCAUAUGCCAAUUCUGUAGUGUUAGAAACUUUACCAGAAACAAGUUCUAGGCUGGUAUUCAUCGAUCAUCUUAGGGCUGCAUUCUCUCAGACUGACUGUUUGACAACUAGUUUUAUUUUUUGUCUUUUUAGUCAAUAUACAUUACAACCUCUAUUUACUUCCAAGAUGUAUAUGAUAGAAAUUACAUGUAUUUACGUUGCAUGGUAUUUUCUAUAUUUUGUUUGCCUAGUCAGUUCCUUUGUUAGAGAUUUACCCCCAACACGAUGAAAUACUAGAAUAUUGUUCUUGUUAAUAAACCUUUUUCUUUAAAAAUACAACAUUUGAAUUCUUAUAACCAUUUUAGGAAUCAGUAUCUGCUUCUAUGUUUUUAUGUUUGGUUAUGCAUAGACAGUCUGCUAAAUGUAUGUGUUUAACUUAAACUAGAGUUAUGACCCUUCACUAAGUGAACAUUUUCUUGCAAAAUA